UCCUCUUCUUCUCCCUACCUCCCCAUCUUCCCCUUUUCCUUACCCUUUCUCUCUCCUCUCACUACCUUAUUUUCUCUCUCUACAAUCUUCAACUUUCUGGGUUUGUUAUUAUUCAUUCUCAUACUACAACAACAUCAACAUGAUGGUAGCUGGUAAAGAAGAUUUGGGUUUAAGCUUGUGUUUAGGAUCCUCUAAUCCUAACAACUCCAACAAUACUACUACUAGUAACUGUGGAAACAACAACAACCAUCCUCAUAAUCAAAAUCAUAAUAAUAUUGGGUUUUUCAUGAAUAAUAACAAUAAUAAUCGUAAUUUUCAUCAUCAUCAACCUCAACCUCAACCUCAAACGACGUCGUCUAACGCCUCCCCGCUUCAGCUUAAUCUCAUGAUGAUGCCUUCCUUAGCUUCUUCCACCGCUUCACCGUCUCCUCUUCUCCAGAAGCUUCCAUGGAACCGUAGCACCGACUCCUUCCCUCCUUCUUCCGAUCGGAACUCAGACUCAAGCCGGUCAUUUCUCCGGGGAAUCGACGUAAACAGACCCGCCGGCGGUGACGAGGAAGACGCCGGAGUAUCAUCCCCAAACAGCACCGUUUCAACCGUAAGCGGUAAACGAAGCUCCGGCGAGAGAGACUCCAUGACAACCGCCGGCGCAGGUGACGAUAUCGAGGUCGAAAGAGCUUCGUCUCGCGGAUUUAGCGACGACGAAGAUGGCGGUGAAAAUUCUAGAAAGAAACUCCGGUUAACCAAAGAUCAAUCCGCUAUCCUUGAAGAAAGCUUCAAAGAACACAACACCCUCAACCCCCUUUCUCUACAGAAGCAAAAGCUGGCUCUGGCAAAACGUCUCGGCCUAAGGCCACGCCAAGUCGAGGUCUGGUUCCAGAACCGUCGAGCAAGGACAAAGUUGAAGCAAACGGAAGUAGAUUGCGAGUUCUUGAAGCGGUGUUGUGAGCAGCUAACAGAAGAAAACAGGAGGCUGCAAAAGGAAGUGCAAGAACUAAGAGCGUUAAAAUUGUCCCCACAAUUUUACAUGCAAAUGAACCCACCAACUACCCUCACCAUGUGCCCUUCAUGUGAGCGUGUGGCGGUCCCACCUUCCGCCACCUCAUCAUCGCCUGCUACUCAGCCACAACAACAACCUUCUACUACUAUCCCUGAUUCACGGCCCAAUCACACGGCCCACCAUCGGCCCAUGCCUGUUAACCCGUGGGCGGUUGCUUCCCCUGUCCCGAUCCGAUCCUUCGAGGCGCUUCGACCUCGGUCGUGAUCAAGGGUGUUUCCGUCAUUUGACAGGUUUUGGUCAUGAGAUCUGGAGGAUGAGAAAAAAGAAAAGGAGAGAUGUUAUGUGAUGAUAUAAAAAUUAGUCAUGUAAUAUUUUGAUUUGUUAGGAUUAAUAUGAUGAUUUUGAUGUGGUCUUUAAUAUGUUUUGGUUUUUAUUGACCCAUCAAUCAAAAUUAGAUCAAACCAACAAAAAAAAAAAAUCAUCCUCUUUUAGUGAAUGUUGUUUAGCUUUUUUUUUCUUUUUUUUUUGUUUAAUUACAAAAAAUAGUGCUGAUUUGGCUCCCUAGAUUCAGGAGAAAGGUAUGAGAAGUAGAGAAGUAUGUUUAGUUGUAAAUUAUCUAUCUAAUUAAUUAAAUUUAAUUAUAUUAUUAUAUAGUUGGAUCAUUAGCUUA